GGGACGCGGUUUUUGUUUGAAUGUGUUGCGUGGUGGAUCAAGCAAGCAAGAGAGAAGGGAGGGGACAGACUUGAAACAACGUUUUCUAACCACGUUAAUUUAGCGUUUUUGCCGUUUCUGUAGUAUUUUAUAUUUACUACGGUUUUCGAGACGAAGCCCUUGAUCUCUAAGGCGAAACAAGUCUGGGCAGCUACCCACCCCCUCCCCACUUGAGCCCAGCGAUGGCCGAGGCAGAUGCAGAGUGGGAGCUGUGCAAGGAGAACAUCCAGCCACUGAGGGGAGGCCGCGCCAUCUCCACACUCACAGAGGCCCUCAGUCUGCAGCAGGAGGGCAGCUCCGCCAUCACACAGCGCCAGCAGGCGUUUGAAUCAGAGCUGCGUGUAUAUGAAGGCGAUGAUCCACUAGAUGUAUGGGAUAGGUACAUCAAGUGGACAGAACAGACCUUCCCUCAAGGAGGGAAAGAAAGCAACUUCUCUGUGCUUUUGGAAAGAGCAGUCAUGAAGUUUACUGAGGAGAAGAAGUACUACAAUGAUGUCCGCUAUGUUGACCUUUGGAUUAAGUUUGCGGACAGCUGUCCAGAGCCCGUGGACAUCUACCGGUACAUGCAAGCUCAGGGCAUCGGGCUGAUGUUGUCUGCGUUCUACAUAGCCUGGUCUGAGGAGUAUGAGAAGAGGGGAAACUUCCGGAACGCUGACACCACAUUACAGGACGGCCUGAAAUGUUUGGCAGAACCUCGAGAUCGACUUAAACAGUUCCACAAGGCUUUGCAGGCUCGCGUGACUCGCCAUGUGAUGUCGGGAAUGGGUCAAGAGAGUGACGAGGACACUAUGGAGAUGGAGGAUCCCAACAGGAAGACCCUGGCAGAGCUGAAAGCUUUGGGGAAGAAGAAGGCCGUGGCCCCAAUCAGCAGAGGGAGCAGCAUCGUUAACUCUCAACCUCGCGGGCUGCAGAUGAAGCCUCCCAUGGCUCCCGUGGCUCCCGUGAGGAACAGCCGCCUGAUGGUGUUCGACGAGAACAAGGGACUGGCCGAGUCUCAGGAGCCCAAGCUGGAGAGCUGGAUGGGUCCACCCAGCGCCCGCCACAAGGAGAAUGAGCAGAAGGCAUCCAAGUGGACCAAGGCCAAGUUGUCCCAGAAGACGAGGGCCGGCCUCCCAGUGGUGAUGCCCGUUCCGGCCAAGCCCUCGUUCACGCCGUUUGUGGAGGAGUGUGAGCAGACCCCGGCUGUCACGCCGUGUAAGAUCAACCCGACGGUGAACUCUGUGCUGUCGGCACGUAAGCCGCACCGCGGGGAGACGCCUCUGAAGCGCCUGCAGGACUGGAAGGAGCAGCAGCAGCAGCAGCAGGCCGGGGGGUCCCAGGCCCCGGGCACAGACGCCAAGCCCCGCGAGCAGAGCAUGUACUGCAAGGAGCUCCUGUUCAGCGGCGCCUCCGAGUUCUGCUUCGAGGAGCUGCGCGCCGAGCGCUACCGCCAAAAGCACGCCAAGAGACGGCGGGACAGCGGCCAGAGCGCUGAGGCAGGAGCACCUGCGGCCUCUGAGAGCUGCUGUGAAGGACCGUCCAGCUCUGGGCCCUCACAGUGAAUGGCCUCAGGAAGUGUGUGUGUGUGAGAGAGAGUGUGUGUGUGUGUGCGCGUGUGUGCGCGUGUGUGCGCGUGUGUGUGCGCGUGUGUGUGCGUGUGUGUGUGUGUGUGUGUGUGUGUGUGUGUGUGUGCGCGCACCUACUCUAUUCCAGUAGAUGCAACUCUUAUGUUUUUAUGUUUUUCAUUUUUUUUUAUACGUGAUCUUCCUGCUGUAAUCCUUCUGUCUCUCUUUGUUGUUUGUUUUCUUUCUAAACAAAAGUAAGUGAUGACUUAGGUGGUGUAAAUAUUAGCAGCAGGAUUAGGUUCUUACUUACUACUUGUACCAACCUUCACUCUCCUCCAUAUGGCAUCAAGAUACAGUGUGCAUACACAGAUACUGUACAGGGUCAUUUACAUAUUCAGCUUCACCUGCCCAGCAAUGAGUUUGGGAUUAGAUUGACUUGAGUUUUCCCAGUUACAUGUACAUGUUUACUGUAAAUCAAGGGGACAUAUAUACGUAUACAUUGUUUGUACUCUCACAGAAACAUAUACAUUGUGAAGAAUUCAACAGAAACCAAUGUAGUGUGAAGAAUUCAAAAACAGAAUUGCAUCAUUUCCCCAAAUAAACCAGUUGUUCAGACACCCAAA